AUGUCCAUGCAAUCGGAUUUUUAUCAAUGUACAAUAUCACCAGUCCUGUUAUCUGACACAGUUGGCAAGCCACCAGACUUGUCACAGAGGAUAGAAGACUGGACCAGAGAGGAUGUUCGUCAGUGGUUACUUACAAAUCUGAAGGUGCCACAAGAGUAUGCGGACAUACUCUAUGAUGAAGAUGUUUCAGGAGCCAGUCUCGCCUGCUUUAGAAAACAAGACUUAAUUGAUUUAGGCAUUCGGCAUGGACCUGCAGUCUUAAUUGUUACAAAUGUAGAGAAGGUAAAAAAACUGCCGCACUGUUUAGAAAUAUGUUCUCAUACCAAGGAAACGGCAAAAAUGACCGUGGUUAAAAAAGAGCCUUCAGUUAAACAUAGGGAUAUGGUUGCCUUACAAUCCGCUAACUGUCCAAACAGAAAUCUCAUGGUUGAAAUAGAAGCUAGGAGUGCUUCAGAGAAGUAUAUGACAGUUUCAGACAGCUGGACAGAAAACAAACAGAGCAGUGAAUCUCCAGCACAUGCCAACCUACACCAGCAGAGCAGUGAUGCCAAGGCAGAUGUAAAACCCAAAAUAAAACAAAAGGAUGGCCCCUCCACCACAAAACAUCCGCCUCUCGAACAACGAAUUUCCCAACCACGUCCCUUUGACCAAAACAGUUCACCCUCAAUGUACACACAAAAUGAACUGUUUCCUGAAGAGACAGGUCAAACCAAUCUGAUUGACCCCAUCCAUGAAUUCAAAGUAAUGGUAAACACAGAGAAUGCCACUGAGAAGGAGAUUCUUCAUAAAUUCAGCUUUGAGGUGUUCAGGUUUGCAGCAGCAUGCAUGAAUGUUCGGACAAAUGGAACAAUCCAUUUUGGAGUAGCAGAUACAACACAGGUGGUUGGCUUAAAGUUGAUUUCACGCAAGGAAUACAUAAAAGAGUUUGACUUGCAACUAGUGAAGCAUUUUGAGAAGAACCAAAGUGUUGCAAGAGCAUGCAUCAGGCCUCCUAAAUUCAUUCCAGUCCAGUGUUCAGAUGGUACAUCUUCAAAACUGUGGGUUAUUGAGGUUGAUAUUGUACCUAAUUAUUCAGAGACUCAAGAAAAAUUGUUCUACACUUCUGUCCUAAAAGAGGUUGAGGGGAAACAAUGCAAAACUGAGUGCCUAUUUGUCCGACAGGGGGCAAGCAGCACUGAUUUACUUGCUGAGAAGAAUCCAAGAAUCUUGCAGGAGAAGCUUAUGGCUGUGUCUGCGGAUGUGCAGACCUGGGCAUCAACACGGAAGUCUGUGGAACAAAUGCGUUUUCAAAAACCAUCUCAGAGUCAUCAAGGACUAAGGCUACAACAGCUUAUCACUCUUGGUAGAGACACACUGGAACAUUCCCUACAAUUUCUGGUUGUUACAAACAAAUGCCCUCAAAGUGAACUUGAACACUUGGGCUUUUUGAAAGAGCUGAAGUUGUUUGCUGUACUUGAUUUUGACCCUGAAUCAGAAUUAAUGGGGACGUGCAAUUUCUUUCGAAAGGAUCGCAUUGCUAACCUUCACUUUCCUCGAAUGUACAAUAACUCGGAGAAUAUUUCCACAACUGUUGGAAAGUUAAAUCUAUACAAUCAGACAAGCUGGGUCUUCUGCAAUGGACGAGCAAAUGAGGACAAUGAGACCGAUUUACCCUUUGACCCAAGCAACUGGCUGAUUAAACGAGCAGGGGAAGUUAGUGACAUGAUUAAUUUGAUUUGCAAUCCUGACAUUCUUCCAAAAGACAGACUUGUGGUAGUAUUUUUACUGCAUUCUGGGAAUACCGAUGUCUCUGACCCUCUCCUUGAGACCUUUUGUGCAAUUUACCAGAAACUUGGAGGGGAAGACAACAUGCUCUGCAUUUGUAAAGAUUCCACAGUGUUCAGCCAAUGGAGUGAAGGUGUGAGGAACCGACGCAAGAUUGACAUCAGCAGUAGAUGUAUCUACGAGUUGAGCCUGUAUGAAGUGAACUGCACCAUAAACAAGGUAAAAGAGCCACAGACUCAGUCAUCAGAGAGAUAUCUACCUUCUACUGAUUCCAGCUCUGUCCUCCUGACAAAGAGAGAUGAGGAACUGAUGACCUUCCUUGGCAUCCUGAGUGAGAGUCAGUGUGAAAACACUGAGAUUGAAGCCAUGGAGUCUUUCAGGGAUGUCAAGACUAAAAUGGAGGAGGACUUCUAUAGAGGAGGACAAGUGACCUGGUGGAACUUUUACUUCUCUGAGAAGCCAGGCUGCUUGCCCUUCAUCAAACGUGAUAAGUAUGAAGAUCUCUACAAUCUGAUGACACCUACAGGGGGGUACACUUCGCCAUGCAUCAUCAUCAGCUUGUUCCAUCAUCCAGGUUGUGGGGGGACUACUUUGGCCAUGCAUGUGCUAUGGAACUUGAGAAAGAAAUUCAGAUGUGUGGUCAUUAAAAACAAAACUGCGCAGAACAGUGAUAUUGCUGCCCAAGUCAAACAGUUGCUGACCUAUGGGAAAGAGGAGCAGUCAAGCUACACUCCUGUGCUACUUUUGGUGGACAACUUGGAAGAUGUGGAGGAAUUGCAAAAAGACAUUCUUUCUGCAGCUCAUGAGAUAAAGAAGCAGGAGAGCGUGCUGGUAAUCAUACUUAAUUGCCAAAGAUCCCAGUUUCCUGCUGCAAGUUCCCGAAAUAGUAGAAUAGACAGUGUGUUCAUUACUUAUGAGCUCUCACCCAGGGAACAAGGCUUUUUCCAAGAGAAGUUGAAAGAAUUGAAAGGCCACCAUGAAAAACCAGAGACAUUUUAUGCUUUCGUGAUCAUGACUAACAACUUCAGCGAAAGCUACAUAGAGAGUUUAGUAUGCAACACUCUCAAAGACCUUGAUGUCUCCACAAAUGUAGGUCAACUCAUGUCAUUCCUGGCACUUCUGAACACAUACAUCAAUGGCUCCUGCAUGUCACUGUCACUGUGUGAAGAGUUUGUUGGGAUCAGAAAUGCUCUUUGGGGAAAGGAAACAUUGUGGGAAAAAAUGAAUCCUUACUCCACAUUGUUCAUUGGCUUCAAAGUUGAGGAGUGUGGGACAUACCAAGCAGUUCGAUUCUUACACCAGAUGAUCGCGAAACACUGUCUUCAGGUUCUCGCUUGCAAGCACCAUCUGAAACUGAGUGAAAUCACAACCAACCUUUUGCAUUGUGACCUUCUUUACAAAUCUGGCAUGGGUAAAGACAUACUGGUGCAAAACAUCUUAAGUAUGUUAAUCACUCGGCAAAGGAAACAACUUGGAGAUGAUAAAGACACACUGUUUUCUCCUUUGGUGGAAGAAAUGCAAAAGGCUGAGGGAGAGGUUAACACAGUGUUAACACAUGCAAUAAAGAGAUUUGACAGAAAUGCAACUGUGCCUCAAGCUCUGGCAAGACAUUUCUACCUGAAAGAAAAAGAUUUUACAUCAGCACGGCGAUGGGCUUUGGAUGCCCAACAGAAGAACAAUAAUUCAUACAUUGCAGACACUCUUGGUCAAGUGUACAAAAGUCAUCUAAGGCAUGAAAUUGAAUGCAACAAAGACAUCACCCCAGACAACCUGAACAUGUAUUUGGAGUUAGCUUCGAUGGCCACAAAAUCUUUUAAAGAUUCACAAGAACUAGCAAAGAGAGAUGAGUCCAUGGAUUGUUCUGAGCAAAGAUCUGAGACAAGAAGACGACAAGAGGCGUACAAUACAUCUGGAUAUGUGGGUGAAAUGGAUGUGAUCAUGAUCGUCUUUCAGGUUCUUGAGGACAUUCCUAUUUUCAGCGAAAAUGAUCUUCACCAGUGGCAUAAAAUGGUUCAGUUCCUGAGGGGAAUCUUACCCAUGGAUGUCUCCCAUGAAACCAGCUGCAAAGCCAAUGAUGAAUUUAUAGCUGUGCUGACCAUUCAUGAGAAAUUCCUGGUUUCACUGAAGCCAAGAAUGAAGGACAUUUUUGUAUUCUUCGAGAAUUACUUCACAUACCUGAAACCCAGAUCAAUUGAAAGAGAAACAGUUGAAGAGCGAAACAAACAAAAAGUGUCAGAACUCUUCAAGAAAUAUGUCAAGAUUUUCUGCAUAUCUGGAGAAGAGAUAUCCAAACAGCCAAUUAUCAGUUUACAGCAAUCUGUUGAAGAAAAAAGGCGUUCUCUCGAGAGGGAACGUGCCGAUACGUUUGCUGGGCUGCUCCAAUGUUUGAAUGAAAAACGUGGAUCACAGAUGGAGGAUAUUUUAGACAAAUGGCAGUUCAUUUUUGAGAACUCAUCAAGAAGGUCCUCCACCAACAGGGUCAAUUUCAUCCUGGUAAACAUUAUUGUUCACUGUGUCUUGCCCAAGUCCACCAAGAUCAGAAGGUACAAUGACUUAAUCACUCUUCUCAAUGAGGUGCUACAAAAUGAGGGACUUCAUUCAGACUGCACAGAAGUUUACUACCUUGCCAUGGUGCUUCUGUGGCCAGGAAACGACUGUGUCUCGGAAAAUGCAAUAUUCAAAAACAUCUGUACCUAUGUCACAUCCACAAAGAGGUCCUUCCAUCGCCGAUUCCAUUACAUGUCGCCAGCUAAGAGUUGCAUUGCCCACUUCUACUUGGGAAAGUCCAAGGGCCUAAAGAGAAUUGUCCACAAAGCAAAGAUCGACCAGGCGAUUGACCGUGAAAAACGCAAAAAACCCCACCAGCUAUGGCAAAGUGGAGCCAUAUGGAAAGAGCCUUGGGUGCAUCAGUUGCUGUUGCGAGUCAAAGGGAAAACUGAAAAUGGUGAAAUCUAUGUGCAUUAUCCUGGCAAUCUCAGAAUCCCAGUGCGCCCCGUUUACCUUGGAGAUCUGCGCAGGGGAAACAGUAUGGAAGAAGUGUCCUUUUAUCUUGGGUUUACCAUGGCGGGACCAGUUGCAUAUGAUCUUGAGUAUAUGAGUAUAUGAAGGACACAUGAGAUUCUUUUUUGCUGGAACUUGAGGCAAAAAUAAACUGACACAGUGAAAUGUUAUGUUUUUCAUCAGAUUUUUCUUGAAUGGUUUAUUUGUUCUACCUAAUUUCAAAUGGUUUUCGGUGGAAAGUAACGAUUUUUUUUAUUUUUUAUUCAUGGGCUUUUUAGCCUUUAUUUGGAUAGGACAGUGAAGUAUUUUGGACAGGAAGUGAGGAGGAGUGAAGAGGAUCAGGAAACGACAGCAGGCCGGAAUCGAACCUGUGUCCCCGCGGGCAUUGUAGCCCGUAAAUGGGGGUCUUAUUGGCUCGUGCCACAGUGCCCCCACGUAACUAGUUUUUAAAGGAAUAAUCAAUGUACAUAUAUGUUUUAUACAUCCACUUUUUAUUGGAGAGGGAACAAUCUGAUCAUGGCAAAUUAGAUUAUGUAAUUACAUUUCUCAAGCAUGUUUUGAAAUGCACUUUAACUAGUAGGCUUAUUAUGCUGAUGAUAUUUAGCAGACACUUGUACGAA